AUGGAAAGAGAAGGUACCUGGGAUGUAAUACUUGAAUCUCAGGAAGAAGCUUUACAAAAAAUACGACAAGAAGGACUUUCUGUCUCGCUUUUUGGUCCAGGUUGGACUCACGAAUUUUUCGGAUCUAAGACAUUCGAAGAAAUAGAAGAUCUAUUUUGGGCACAGUUGUUUCCUUAUUUAUAUGUUCAUGUACCUAUCUACGAAGAAGAAGUAUUCAAAACAUCAUUUUGCCGUGGCAGUGGUAGCUUGUAUUAUCGCUGUGGUCAGGCACUAUAUGAAAAGGAUGGGAAAAGAUUUAAACACAAACCAUUUUACAAUUUAUCCCUGCAAAAUCCACAAAUAUCAGUACCUAUACCGCACAUGAAAUUUACAUCAUCGCCUCAACUUCCAGAACCGAAAAGUGAAAACGAUCGAAAUGAGUGUUCAAAAGAACCGAUACAAUAUGUUUAUGAAACGAGGAAGAAUGUUAUUCGAGUAUUAAAAAAUGUUGUAAAUAUUGAAAAUAAAAUGCCAAUGCAUCGAACUGUCAGAAUUUGAUAUCUUUGUCCACGGGGAUAAGACCACUGAGACAACAGUAACAACAUAGA